AUGACUCUUCUCUCAGCAUCUUUAAUAAUGUUACUGAUAUUUUUGCACUUGGAUCCAAAAGAUGUCAGUCCCUAUCCGAUUCUCCUGGAAAACAGCCAUCCAGAUUUGAUGAUACUAUCUUAAAAAACAAAAAUGUCAUGUCCGAAUAGCCUUAGCUGUAACUUCCUCAUGGAUUCCUUCAAGGGUGGAUCAUCUUGUUUUAUGGGUGAUGGUUAUUCCAGCAACCCUGGAAUGUACACCCCCUUAUCUGCAGACUACGGAUAUUCCGAGAUGAGAAACAUACAGAAGCUGAGACCGUCUCCACAAACGUGUAAAAACAAUCCUUCUGGCAACUUGGCUUUUGGAAACGUUCAGUAUGCAUCAUACCUGUCCCAACGACCGGCCACAUGGACCCCGGGCUCCAAAUCCAGCCGAGACCAACCUGUUGCACAGAGUUUACAUCCCUGUUCGUUUCCCGCAGGCAACGUCAAAGAGGAGGCUUUUUGUUGUCUUUAUCAGAGCGACUGUGGUAAUAAGGGAAAAGAGACAACAGAGUCGACGGCUUACAUCCGGCUACAAGACAAUAGCCGCAGGCCUGAGCAAGCUGCCCGCUCGUCUAGCGGCUGUUUCCAGACGUACAGGGAGGCCAGGCCGCAGCAGGGCAACCAACAGCAGUUUCCCUCCGGCUUCUCUUCUCUGACCCACUUGGCUGAUGAUUCAACAGAAGAAGAAACAACAAUUAGUUGCAGCAAACCGCCGAAAAAAGCAACCGAGGUUUCAAAAUCAGUGGAGAGUCAGAGCAGAAGGGAAGAGGCUGUAAAGACUGACAGUUGCUCUGAUAACUCGGACGAAGAAUUAAAAGAUGAUAUGAAAGAGACAAGAGGGAGCUGGUUAAAAGCCAAAAGUGGACGAAAGAAGCGCUGCCCAUACACAAAGCAUCAGACGCUGGAGCUGGAGAAAGAGUUCUUGUUCAACAUGUAUCUGUCUCGGGAGCGCCGCCUGGAGAUCAGCCGGAGUAUCAACCUGACCGACAGACAGGUCAAGAUCUGGUUCCAAAACAGACGCAUGAAGCUCAAGAAGUUAAGCAGAGAAAGUCGGAAUAGAAUGCAGUUUUACAACUAUACUUGAAUCCUGCGCUUUAAACAAUGGCUAAUCGCAGCACUUCAGAUAACAUAAAGACAGACUGAUACAUCACAUGUUGCGACAAUAUGCAUUAUUUCUCCUAAAUGUAGACCUAAUGUAACUUUUGCUAUAGACUCAAUGGAAUACUUUUCAGGGUUGCUUCUACGGCACACUGCAGUUUUAUCACCCUGCAAUCGUACCAAUAAGAGAGGGAGGACAUCUUU